AUGAAUGAAAUUUUUUUUUUCUCAAUUUUGGCCACAGGGAUUCCAAUCUAUACUUGGUUUUGUCUGGGUUUUAUAAAUAAGGGAAAAACUGUACUUUGUAUGUUUAUCGUCAAUACGAGACGGAAUGCAUUGAUGCAAAUUACAAAAGCAUUAAAUCUUUUCAGUUCUGUUUUAAAUGGCGAGAGUUUUAAAAUUGUUAGAUAUUUUGUGCUUUGUGUUAGGCUAAAAGUUCACUUUCCCCCCCCCCCCCAAUUUCUAAAAAAAAUAAAAAUAAUCAAAAAUAUUUAUUUUAAGACUAAGCACAUAAAAUUUCAGAGUGGAGAAAUCCUUGAUACGAUUAAAAAGCCGAAUUCAAAAGUCAUUGAGUACCUCAUCAGCUGUCGAAAAUGGGACCUUCAAGUCCGAUUUUUACCGUUACCGAAUUUCCUAUCUCAGUAUGUUUUAAAAUGGUUAAUUGCAGUUGGGUUGUUAAGAGAGGCUAAUAUUGUCUCUGAUUCACGUAAAAUCGUAACAUUGACACAUCCAUCUCUUCCUUCCACAUCGCCUCCCUUUGAAGUGUACUUUAUCUUUUCCGACAGGCCUAUUCUAGGGCAAACAGAACAAAUUAACCGACUGGAUAUUGACAUAUUUUAUCAAGAAAUGCAAAAUCUCUCCAGUUAUUUAGUUAUUUACUUAAGCGAGAAUCAAGAGUUUUUACUGUUCUCAUGCGUUGCUGCUAUGAUGUUGCACAAUGUUGUGGCAAAUGGCAAGGUAGAAAAAGUUGCCUUUUUGGACCGCCCUGGGCAAUUUUUUAAUGCAUCAAUGCGAUUAUUAAAGAUAAAGGUGUCUUUUUAG